GCGCUGCGCCGGGCGGUGGCAGGCGCGUCCCCCGGCGGCCGCGUCCCCGGCGCAGCCCGCGGGCGGGGGGCGGUCGGUCCUGCGCAGAGCCGCCUCCUCCCCGCCCCCGCCCCGCCCCGCCCCGCGCCGCCCCGCGCCGCCCCGCGCCGCCGCCGCGCUGCUGCUGCUGCCGCCGUCCGCGCUGCAGUGCGAAGGGGCGAAGAUGGCCGGCUGGCAGAGCUACGUGGACAACCUCAUGUGCGACGGCUGCUGCCAGGAGGCCGCCAUUGUCGGCUACUGCGACGCCAAAUACGUCUGGGCGGCCACGGCCGGGGGCGUCUUCCAGAGCAUCACGCCAGUAGAAAUAGAUAUGAUUGUAGGAAAAGACCGGGAAGGUUUCUUCACCAAUGGUUUGACUCUCGGUGCGAAGAAGUGCUCGGUGAUAAGAGAUAGCCUGUACGUAGACGGGGACUGCACGAUGGACAUCCGCACCAAGAGCCAAGGCGGAGAGCCCACCUACAACGUGGCCGUGGGCAGGGCCGGCAGAGUCUUGGUCUUUGUAAUGGGAAAAGAAGGGGUCCAUGGAGGCGGAUUGAAUAAGAAGGCGUACUCAAUGGCAAAGUACUUAAGAGACUCUGGGUUCUAGCUGCAGGCAGAGCGCUCAGUGUUAGGGAGAGAUUGCCCUUAAACUUUCCGAGCUGUAAGCCUAAGUCUUAAUUCUGGAAAUUUUAUUAGCAAUGCAGGGUGAUGGGGUGUGAACCUGUGUCUCCUUUGUAUCCCUCUGUUGGUGGGGAAAGGUGUCUUUCUUUCUGCCCCCCCUUAAAUAAUUCUGUUCACUUUUGUUUUGUUUCCUUGUGUGCUCCAGCAUUGGUAGUAGUCAUGGGAAAGGAAGGUGUCCACGGAGGCACACUUAACCAGAAAGCGUACGAACUCGCUUUGUACCUGAGGAGGUCUGAUGUGUAAGCAGCCUCUCCCCAUCCACCUAGCAGCUGUCUUCAUCAUCACCCCAGUUAUGGUCACAGGCUACCAGACUAGGUGGUAGCUGGGUUUUCUUGGCCUGUUUUCUCAAUGUCAUGAUUCCCAUUUGCCAGUGGAUCGUAUGUACGUUAACCACUGUCUGUAACCAGCCCUUACCUGGCAACAUAAGUGCAGCACAAUGACGACUUGCAUGAUACCUUGAUUGGGGGGAGGGGCAUGCCAAGUUGGGCAUCACUUUGUCUUAGCAAUUAAUGGGCUAUCGAUUACUAAAAUAAGUUAAUCUUAAGCAAGGUGCCGGUUGUACAAUCUCAUUUGAUCAGCGUUUCAGCACUUUGAGGUUUACUGGCUCGUGAGUCUUCCUUUUCUAGUGCAUGGUUGGGAGAAGUGCACGCAUCUUCCUCGCCUCCUCCGCACCCCUCCCUUCGCACAGAGGUAUUUAUUUGCUUUGCUUCACCCUCCUGUGCAGUGCCUGGUUGAUUUAGCCAGUUACCACCCCUUUGUUGGUGAGCUGUCGGGAGCGGCAGUCCUUGGCUGCUAGCCUCGUGGUUGCACUUGAGACACUUUCUUGUGGUGUCUCCAGGACAUCCGAAGAGUGCAGCUGCAGCACCAGAGCAGAAGGCACUUCCUCCCAUGACCUUGCAGCCACACGGCGAUCCCCGGGGCAUCCCACCACUGCAGUAGCUCAGAGUUUCGUCCGUCUCUGCUUCGCACACCAGCUCUACUCUUUAGUAACUGUAAAGGCUGCCAUUAUGGACGUUAGGUCUCCCAAGAGGACCAUCUGGAGUUCGUCCAGUCGCUCUUCAUAGGACCGACUUUUAUUUGCAGCUUAGGUUUUUCUAUGAAGUUGCAUUAUUGUGGACUUGGCUGUCUUGUGAUGAGUUUUUUUCGUAUGUAUUCUGUGCCAUACUAUUGUUCAAAUGAACUGUUGCUAUUGUGAGAUGGAUUUUAACCGACCUAUCAAGGGUUUCUUCCGAAUGGCACUACUUUAGGGACGUUCUAGUAACUGCUUCUGUUGUUGGGCCUUGUGGGUGAUGUACAGAUGUACAAACACAUCUCGUUGCUGAUCUGUCCAUUUCUUUCCCUGCACUUUGUUACAUCUGGGAUACAGUCUAAGUCAUCUGAUUUAAUAUGCAUUUAAAAAAAUGCCAUAACUAUUAAACACCUUGUUUACAGACAGAUGAAAUAAAUUUAUUCCAACCAA